UCUCAACUCGCAAACUUCGUUGAGGUGUGUCGAGGCAAAGAAUUCUCGCUUGUCUUCCGAUCUUCUUGGUGCAAUUUGAAGGACGGAACUUGGCUUCCUUUUUCCUUUUAAAACGUGGAGAGUUGUGAGAAGUAGUUAUUGAAUAUGCUUCAGAUUCGGCUUAGUAAGUUACCGGCCUCGGAAGGUUCAGCAGGGGCGAGGUCUGCACCUGUCGAGACUGCAAUUGCAUGCCCCGACCAUCUAGUCCUGGCUGAUCUACCUGUUGCAAAGGGUAUCGGUGCAGCCACUGCCACUUCACUUAUGAAGAGUUUAGGACGGAGGUCCCGCCGCCAGCUCGGCAAUAGAGUUCAUUUCUGUGUUCGUUGUGAUUUUCCCAUAGCUAUCUAUGGACGAUUGAGCCCUUGCGAGCAUGCCUUCUGCCUUGAUUGUGCUAGAAGUGACCCAAUGUGCUGCCUGUGUGAUGAACGAAUCCAGAAGAUUCAAACCAUCAAAAUGAUGGAGGGAAUCUUUGUUUGCGCUGCUCCCCAUUGUCUAAAGUCUUUCUUGAAGAAGACUGAAUUUGAAUCUCACAUCCAAGAAAACCACUCUGAUCUGCUUCGGCCUAAUGCAGAGAGAGAGGAUGGAAAUGAGUCAGAGGCACAGAGUGUUAGGCAAUCUACAGCAUCAGACUCCACUGCUCGAGGUCCCCAUAGGCCCGUUUUCUCUCCUGGUUCAAAGUCUCAGCUUCAGGAUUGGGAUGAUAAAAGCCGUCAACAACCAACGAGAGAGCAGCCCCCUUCAAGGUCAAUUCAACAGCCAAAGCCACCAUUUUUGGGUCAAGCACCUAAUCCUUCUUUGGAUCCUCAGUCAGGCAACACUGGAGCUAUUCAACAGGACUUCCAUUCACAGAGUUUUGACAUGAAGCACUCCCAACGUGAACCCUGCCAUCUCGUUGAGAGACAGCAAGGAGUUUCUUCAGAGACCCCAAUUCGUGAUUAUCCACCCAUGCAUUCUAUCAAGCCAACCGAUGUUGCCAUGCAAGUUAAUCCCAAUGCAUUUCCGAAACCUCCUAUAGCAUUUAGUUACCCCCCUUACCCACAAGAGGUAGGUCAGCCUUUUUAUGCUACAUCCUAUGACAUGCCUAGGCAGAACUCGUCUUCUGAAAUAGGUUUCGAUCAGGGUUCACUAUUUGGAUACCCACGAGUUCCUGUAAGUGGCCCAAAUUUUCCAGCAAAUUAUCCUCAGGCCUGGAAUGUAGGAAUGACCGGUGUACCUUUUGAUCAAGCUCAGGGUGGUAUGAUUACUGAUCCAAGAGAUGCUAAAGGGAUGUAGGUGUGACGUUCAGUGCCCCCCAAGGUCUCAUUUUGUAACCUCCGGAAUAGAAAUAGUAUUUUAAAUGUUUGAUGAGCUUGGAGUUCGUUGAGUGUGGUUGUGGGUAGCAGCAUGAUUACUGUGAUAUAUUUGGACAACAUGACUAACAAGGAUUCCCAAUCAUCAGUGUUAUGGUAUCUCAUGAAAGAAAGUGGUGUUAGGAUGAUUAA